UGUCUCCCUUUAUUAACCGCGGACUAUGUUGUAAACAAUCAUGGCAGUCGACGAGGCUUCAUCUAGUACAAAAGUCAGAGUUGAAGAGCUGCUCCAACAGGUGGUUUCACAAUCAACAAAGGAGGCAGCUGAAGUGAAAAAAAGAAAGAAAAAGAAAACAAAAGAGACAGAUGAAAAUACUGUGCUUGAGUCCCUUCGUAAGGGGAGUGAAAUCACAGGUCUGCACAAAGAUGAAGAUACAGCACUCUUGGCUAAUAUCUAUGAGCCUGACAAUAGUCCAAAGAAUGAGAAGAGCAACAAACAGCGACAGAGGAAGCAGCAGCAAGCUGCUUCUUCUUUAAUUUCAGAUGCAGAAUCUUUCAAGACUUUGAAAGACAAUAUAGAGAUUGCUGAAUUGGACAAAAAGAAAGUGAAGAAAAAGAAAAAUGUAGAAGAGACUUCUUUAUCUUUUCCAGCAGAUAAAAUUUUAGAACUACCUCCAGCCGACUCAUUCAAAACACCUAUUCCCAAAGAAAGAAAGAAAAACAAAACAAAAAACAUGACAGAGCCACCUGAUAUUACAAUAGCAGAUCCAGAAAUUCCUGAUUCUCCUACAAAAAUAUCAAAAAAGAAGAAAAAAGAAGAGUUAAUGGAGAAAGAAGUUCUUCCUGAUGCAGAGAAACCAUUGCCUGAAAGAUCUAAACAAAAGAAGAAACAAACACCUGAUGCGAAAAUACUGAAUAAGGACACCAGCGAAGCAGACACAACCAUGUUGUCUCCCAAAGCAGUGAAGAAAAAGAAGAAAAAACCAGAUGAGUUGCAGUCUAGUGAUAAAGAAGACUUGCAGCCUAUUCAUAAACAAGAUGGUUUGUCAGAAAAUGUGAUGACAUCCCCAAGGCAAAAGAAAAAGAAAAAAGCUAAAGAAUCAGAGCCUCCCGAAGAGGUAAAGCCUUCAUCAUCAGACCCAUCCGUUAUUCCUUCUUCAGAAGACAAAAAGAAGAAAAAGGCAGGCUCAAAAAUGUCUGCUGAGGCAGAAGAGAAAAAAGUAUCAGAAGAAACUCAAGAAAGUGCUGAGGGGGAUGCGACAGGAAAGAAGAAAGCUAAAAAGAAGAGAGUUAAAGCCAAGGAUGGUGCAGGUGAUGCAGGCGUUGAAGCAGAAAAGAUUGAGGAAGCACCUGCUGACAUCCCAGAUGCAGGCGAGGUGCUGGCUGUCAUGAUACAUCGCACAGACAAACUAAAAAAUGACUUUAAUAUUUUGCAUCCACUUGUCCGUGUUCACAUUGUGGAUGAAAACACUGGCCAGCAUUUCCCCAAGCAACACAAGGAGAGAGCUGUAACAUCUUUCUAUGAGACAUCACAUGAUAAAGUGGAUUGUGUGUUACCUAUCAUGACUCAGCCAUUCGACUUCAAGGAAAGAAAAUCAACAAUACCUGCUUGGGAGGAGUUGUUAAUUUUUAAUGAGAACUACAACCACUUUAUCCAAACGACCCCCAAGGCUCUCAUCCUUUUUGAGAUUCUGGACUUCACAAGCAUGAAUUCUACUAACAAUAGGCAAGAAACUGGCUGGUACCACAUUGCUUGGGCUUUUCUGAAGAUUGUUGGUGCCAAUGACAAAAUCAAUGUUGGCUCUAGAGCUAGACUUCAGCUGUAUCAAGUGCCACCUCGUAGAAUCACCAAAAGGGAUCAAGUAGAGCCAUACCAGUGGUGGAAGAUGCCAAAACGAGAUCCAUACCCAUCAACCUUGUAUGUCACACUUAAGAACACUACACCACCCCUGGUAGUGGAGCCCUCUAUGCGUUCUAUGUUUGCCACACAGAAGGAGCAAGGAGCUAUGACUUAUGAAGAUCUCAAACGAAGCAUGAACUGGGACACUAAAAAUAACAGACUAGAAACAAGACCUAUCACCACUUGGACACGGUUGUUUGGUCAGCUGUGUCGAAUUCCAAAUGACCUAAUCCUCACAUUACCUGGGUUAAGAAAAGGCUGCUUUGUCAUUUGCUUUUCUCAUGAUGGCAGAACUCUUGCAUGUGCAUGUGGGGACAGAGAUGGCAACCCUAUCUUACUGUAUGAGAUUCCUUCAGGAAAACAAAGAAUGGAACUCAAAGGCCACUUCAGUCUAGUGUAUGAACUGUCCUGGUCCAAAAAGGAUACCCAUCUUGCAUCAGCUUCAUCUGAUGGAACUGUUAGGAUUUGGAAUGUAAUAGAAGCAAAGCCAUUUGCUGAAAAGGUACUCCCUCACCCAUCAUUUGUCUACUGCUGUAAAUUUCAUCCCCGAGUGGACACAGUUGUAGUGUCAGGUUGCUAUGACCAGGUGAUUCGGGUGUGGGACAUAAGUCAGGAGGAAGAAAGUGGACAGCUUGUGCAGGAAAUAGAGGGACAUUUGGGUCAUGUCAACUCUCUUUGCUUUAAUGAUGAUGAUGGACAGAAGAUGUAUUCUGCUGACAACACUGGUAGAAUUAAUAUAUGGAAUGUGUUUGUCACGGAGGAAACAGGACGAAGAUCUUUUAUACGUGACUGGACGCUUUACAGUUCUCUAGAGGAGCCAGAAUUGAAGGGUGUGUCCAUUAGUCGACUGGAGCUACAUCCAACAGGAAGAAGACUUUUGGUCCACUGUAGAGACAAUGCCAUUCGCAUGCUUGAUUUGAGAGUACAACGAGUUAUGCAGCAGUACAUUGGAGCUAUCAACUUCAGGGAAAAAUUAGGAAGUUGCAUGACACCAUGUGGAACUUUUGUCUUUGCUGGCAGUGAAGAUGGCUAUGUUUAUGCUUGGAACACUGACACAGGUGACCAGGUGGCGAGGUACACAGAAUUGAAUUACCACAAACCUGUGACUGAUGUUGCAUACCAUCCCCGUGAUCACAUUAUAGCCAUGUGCUCUCUUGGUGAAAAUCAACCCAUCCUGGUCUAUAAAUAUGAUCCAUUCACUGCACAAGUAGAUGCAGGUGUAACAUCUCGUGGUCCAGUUGAAACAACAGAAGUGGAAGACCUUGUGACUGGACGUAAAAGCCCUCUUUUGGAUGAAGGGGAACUGUUAUCUGCAAGGUCAAAGGUCAUGACACAAGAUGAAUUCCAGGCUCACGAGACAGCUCGGUACCAGCGUGUCAUGAAGAAACUUGAGUCUGCGACAAUGCAUAUGAGUCAAAUGCCUGGCAUGGUCACGCCUGACACUUCUCAUCGCUUUGACAGCAUUGGGCGCUCUGGAGCUGUCUCCUCAUGGAGUGCCACAGACUCAGGGUCUUAUAUUGCUACUCCUCGCUCAAACAUGCCUUCACCAGGACUGAUGUCACCUCAUGCACCACAGACAGCAUUGACCACACUGCAGUCCCAACAGCUGACAUUGCAGAAUCGCUACUUAAAACAGAGUGACAGUGGCUGGAGACCAACUUACUCAGAAGUGGGGCGACAUGGCAGCAAAGCUCCAGUUAUCUAUGGGAGACCACCACAUAUUUCUCUUGACACCUCAGGUGGCAAGGCACAGUUCAGCUUCCAGUCUCCACUUGGCAGUACUAAAAAACAUACAAAGUGUGUGGUUUUGUACGACUACCGAGCCCAGCGGUCAGAUGAGCUAACAAUCUUUCGUGGGGACAUUGUUCUUCUGCUUUACAAAGACAGCGACACCUGGUGGAUGGGAGAGCUUGAGAAUGGGCAGCAAGGUUUCUUUCCUGCCAACUAUGUCACCUUAUGCAGAUGAAGAUGACAAAGGACCAUCAAAUGAUAAAGGAAAGCAUACAUACACAGCCGUGAAGACCAAAGAUGGAGAUCUGAAAUUCUUAUCAGGUGCUGAAGAUGAGGAUUCUGAGGCAGAGGCAGAGCCCCUUUCAAGUAGUCUGGCAAAGAACAGAGGCGGAGGCAAGACAACAAAGAAGGUGCAUUAUGCUGAGACUUCAUGAAAAAGAAUGAGUGAGAUAAGUGAGCACUGAAAUGCAGAAGACAGACCAUGUAUGCGGUGUUUUCUAACUUAUGGAGCACACCACACCAUUCAGCAGAAAACUGCUUUGUCUUCCUUGGAUUUUAAAUUAAAAGGUUUUUGAUAUCACAUACUACAGACAAGACAAAUAGCUGUAGAAGAAAGCUUCCAAGGAUGAAGGAUAUUCUUAUAAAAUGCACCAGGAAGGUUGACAAUUUCACUCAUCAUGCUACACUGCUGGAAUAGACAAUUUGUGCUGUCAAAAUUGUGUUUUUCACUUAAUUUCAUGUUCACACUAUUUAUAUUAUUUUCAUACCUCCAAAUAUCUGUUUAGAGCUUAACCCUAUUUUAGCAGUGGGAGAUUUCAGUCAACCCUGCUUCUGUAAGUUAUUAAUAGCAACAUUUUUAGGACUGAUUUUUCUUAUUUGUUUUCAGUUUCUAAAAUUUGUAAGUUGUCUUUAGCUUUUUCUUAGUUGUUAUAUGCUGGAGAAAAUGGUGUCAGAUGUAUCUCCAUGUGCCUUUGCUGUUUUUUUAAUAAAUAAUGACACCAAUCCUUGCAUUUUUACUCCAAUUUUAAGUCCAAGUCCAAGUUCUUAAAACGGUGGUUUUUAGUAAAACUAAAAGUGGUGUUUAUAAAUGUAGAUUUUGAAACUAAAUAUACAAAGAUUCUAUGGUCUAACAAUUCACCUCCGUCCAUUUAGCGCCAUAAAUUCUUUAGUUUUUGUAUUUAUUGAGAGAAAGAGACAAACAGAGAGAGUUUUUGGAUUUCUCCACACAUUUUUUUUAAAUUUCUGAAAUAGUACAAAGAUUGUGUGUGUGUGUGUGAUUUGUGCAUUAAGCACUCUUGUUCUUAUGUUCCUCUAAAUUAUUAGAUCUAGACAGAUGGAUAUAGCAGAUUUCUGCCCUAAUCUUUUCAUCUACUUAUGUGCAUAUUUGAACAUAUAUCGUUUUGUUUCUAUCAAUCAUAAAAUUGGUUAUGAAGAAAUAGGAGCAUACUUUUGUCAUGGCAUGCUCAGUCUGGUCAGUUCUCGUCUGCUUUUAUGGAAAUUAGUUACAAGCAGGCAAACCCACCAUGGAAUUAUUAAUUCUGUUUACCUGCACUUCAUGUGAUUUUUCCUUAUGCCCUGUGGUGUUUAGUGCUUUAGAAUGGGUAAUUUCCUCCUAUAUACAUGAACAAUACAGCAUGAGAUUCAGGGAGACCUUCACAUCCUCGCCUUAAAAAGGGACAACUGUGAUAUGUACAUAAAAUAAACAUGCUUGGUUAUUAAUUUUAUUUUUUUUUUAUACAUUUUUCCUUUAAACAGAAUUGUUAUUUAUCAUAGUCUGGGUGCAUGCAUGAUGUGUUUGUGUCUGUAUGGGGUGGAUGGUAGAGGGAAAUGAGGGGGGGGGGAAAUUGAUGUUUUACGCUGAGCCAGCAACUAAGGCUAUAUCACGGCAAGGCAGCUAGCCCUGGAAACAGAUGUCACUUGCAGAGAAAGAACAGCGUGCACGAGACGAGAGCUGAACCCAGGACAGACAACCUUCAAUGUAUUGGUGACAGGCGUUAACCGUUACGCCACCGGACUGCUGGCUAGAGGGGAAGGAAGGAUGGAAUGAACACGUAAAGUAGCUUCUCGUUUCCCUCCAAAUGAACACAUUGGGAACAAAUCAUCAUAAACAACAGCAUUGAUCGAGUGAUGACUAAUUUAUAAAAAAGAAACUGUCCAUAAUUAUUACCUGCAUUUAAAAUAAUGUUACUGGAUCAGGUUACAUUUACUGCAUAAUGUAUGAUAUUCUUACAUCCCUCUAAUCUUACAAACAUACCUUUUGAAGUUGUGUGACAUUUUGAUAUGAAUCAAAAUUCUCAACAUUUUUUUUAGACUUAAAUAUGUAAAACCUAUAUAUAUAUAGAUUGUAUAAAACAUAUAUAUCAUAGGAAUGGCGUUAUUUAAAAUAAUUUUCAGUAUUUACUUUGUUACUAUUAUAGUGCAUUCUCCUAUGCUAAAAAUUAUUUUUCUUCAGAAGUUUAUUUUCAGCUUUUCAAAAAUGUUAACAUCUUAUACAAUGCAGUUGUAUGUUGCAAUGAGACGUUAAUAUGCUACUGAUUGGCCAUAUUAUUAAAUCAGUUUUGGUCAACCAACAAUCUAAUGAACUGACCUUACUUUAUGAGUAAUGCUGUUAUGGCACGUGCAUAUUUUGAAGGUAUAUGUAGUCUGUGUAUUAGUUAUAAAAGCAUGCUUAUGAUUUUAUUUUGUGACAUUUUGCUGUUGCAUAAAAUAAAGUAUAUGAGAAUGUUCAA